GGGGAAAAGGAUGUCCAAACGUUCUGCGUUCGUAAGCAAAUCAAGAUUUCCUCAGAAUCUCCUCCAAUUUCAGAAACUAUGGUUACAUUAUCUGUUGCCUCUGUUUCUUCAUCGUGUUUUACUCCGUUCUCUUCGUUUCAUCGGCGUUACAGUUUCAAGGGAACUCAAUGGAGCUUCCGUUUCCACAGUCGAUACCUUCCGUUUCCUUCAGCGGCUUCGGCGUCUUCGUCUUCCCCCGCUGCACCUGGAAUCGAUUUCACUUCUCUCGAUUCCGCCAUUAACAAGAAAGAUAGUGAUGGGGUGAAGGAAGCUCUUGAUCGGUUGAGUGAAGCAGGCUGGGCAAAGAAAUGGAGCUCUCAGCCAUACCUCUCCCGCCGUACGACAUCGCUUCGGGAGCUCACAACUCUGGGAAUCAAGAAUGCAGAGAACCUCGCAAUCCCUAGUGUCAGGAACGAUGCGGCUUUUCUUUUCACAGUGGUCGGAACAACUAGCUUCUUAGCUGUCCUCGCUGGCCAGCUUCCUGGGGAUUGGGGCUUCUUUCUACCUUACUUGAUUGGGAGCAUUUCUUUGGUGGUUUUAGCCGUCGGAAGCAUUUCCCCAGGGCUUCUUCAAGCUGCUAUCUCAGGGUUUUCAACCUUCUUCCCUGAUUAUCAAGAACGGAUAGCCAGCCAUGAAGCUGCCCACUUCUUAGUCGCUUAUUUGCUUGGACUUCCGAUACUUGGGUAUUCCUUAGACAUUGGGAAAGAACACGUCAAUCUCAUCGAUAAAAGACUAGAGCAAUUGAUAUACAGCGGUCAGCUUGAUGCAAAGGAGCUCGAUAGGCUGGCAGUCAUAGCAAUGGCUGGACUUACGGCAGAGGGGCUCAAGUAUGACAAAGUGGUUGGCCAGUCCGCGGAUCUCUUCACUCUUCAGAGAUUCAUAAACAGAAGCACUCCCAAACUUAGCAACGAUCAGCAGCAAAAUCUCACCAGAUGGGCCGUUCUGUACGCGGGAUCUCUGCUGAAGAACAACAAGGCGAUCCACGAAGCCCUAAUGGCUGCAAUGACGAACAAAUCGACUGUACUCGAGUGCAUUCAAGCCAUUGAGGAGUCCGCCUGAUAAUAUGAGAGUGAGUUUAUACAACAGAAAAAAGGAUGGUACCCGCAUGUCUAAUGUUGGCUUAAUCAAUACCAUUGAGAUUUCAAGAUAUAAUGAAUGAUGUUUUUUUU